GAGGCUUUGAAAACACAACUGGAGGACAUUGAAUCAGUCCAGAAUAAACAUAUCGUCGAGAGGACCAUUCGAGCACCCGAUAUAACACAGCAAAUAACGAAUAUGAAGACCUACUUGAAUGACGUUGUUCAUCGAUUUGAGCUGAGAACAUCGACAUUAAUUCUGCUUCGGACGGAGCGUUUAUCGGUUCAUUCCGAGUUGUCGAGACUCAAGCGAGCCCCAGCCGAGCACACUUGUGUAACGAGCAAAUCAGAGUGUCUUCCGGAAACGCGAGUCAACAUGCAAGAAUCCUUACUCAAGCACCUGAAGGAGGCCAAGAAUCGAUUUGUUUGGUUACGGGGUUCUCCCGGAAUGGGGAAGACUGCGAUCUCUAUGAGCAUCGCAUCCACUCUUGAGAAAGAGGGCACUUUGGCGGCGUCAUACUUUUGGGAUAAGAAUCGGGCGGGAACAGGCCUAGAUUCUAUUGAACAGUUCCCCUUUACCCUUGCUCAUCAACUGGCGUGUUUCAACGAGGACUUCAAAUUCUCGCUUGUCAGACACCUUCGGAAACCGGCUUUGGCCUCAGUCCAGAAUUUCCCUCUGAAAAAACAAAUGAAGACUUUGAUGAUUGAGCCGAUGCGUGACCUGAAGGAUAUAUUCCCUUCGGGCAAGGAUCGCUUUAUCAUCGUC